AUGUCCUUGAUAACGAGCAAGCAAUUAAUUGAUGCCCUGGUCGUUGUCAAGAGUGAACAGAGUAAAGAUGAAUGUCACAACAACCUGACCAUGAGUCUAGAGAAAGCUAAAGGAAGAAAGUAUGAAAAAAUUACAACAGUUAGCUUGGUAGAAAUUAAUGAGAAUGGAGUCAUCAAGAAAAUUAUGUUUCCAGCUCCAGCUGGUGCAGUCUCAGAUGUUACAAACAUUCCUAAUGCUACAACCAGCAGAGCAAAGUCUUCAAGAUCCAGGACAAAAGCUUCUCAAAGUGCUUCAAAAACUUCAAAUCAGAGUAACAUGUCGUGUAACACCACACCUCUGCUUUCAAUUGCACCAAACCCGAGUUUAGUUCAAAAUUUUGCAAUCCUCCCAAGAGCUUCUAAUCAACCACCACAAAAUGUUGUCAACGUUCCACUGCAAAUGAAUCAAACAAAUCCUGUAAACAACAAGCCCUUAAUUUUAAACAAUAUGAGCAAUUCCUCUGGUUUACAAAGUCCUCAAACAAUAAUCGUUCGUAAUUCACAGCCUAACAGCUGCAAUUUCAACAUGAACAACAACACAAAUCAGAUGAUGAUGCAACAGAGCCAAGUGAUGUUACAACAGCAACCACCAAUUAUAAUUCAACAGCCUCUUAUGAAUCCAGGCUUGCAACAGAACGUUGUCUAUCAGUCACCAGGCAGCCAGCAGGUCAUUCACAUUCAAGGAAACAGUUUUCAAAGCAACAAUAGUGGUCAGUGCUGGGUACAAAAUCAAUUCAUUCCAUCCCAAAAUGGCCAACAACAGUUUGUGCAAGUCUCAAACAACCUGAACAACAAUACUGCUGUACAAUAUCAAAUUGUGAACCCACAGAGAAAUUACAUUGAGCAAUCAAGUCUCAAUGUGGCAACAAAUUCCAAUCCCCCGAUCUUCAUCCAACCACAGCCCCUCAGCAAUGCCAUUGUAAUAUCACCCAACAACCAAAGAACUGUCUACAUAAACCAGCCCAACGGCUUGACAUCACAGAUCCAGGACCACAGCAACAUCCAACAACAGCCCAACAUUAUUACGGUCAAUAGUAACAAAAAUAACAUGAACAACAUCAAAAGCAAUCAGAUGAUCAUUCAAGUAAACAAUAACAAUGCACCACAGCCAGUUCAGCAAUCAAUGCUUCAAAACAAAAUUUCUAACAUAGUUUAUUCAAUGCAGACUCAAACAGUUACAAAUCCAAUGGUAAUUUCCAAUGCUAAUAUCACGAUGCCUGCAAACAAUUAUGCUUCUCAGAAAUUAAGGAUGGUAGAAAUCAGACCGAGCAAUGAGAAUUCACCUGCAAAUGCGCCUGAGAAAGAUGUUAACACGAAGGUUGCAAUUCCUAGAUUGAACAAAACUACCUCAAAUCAGGUUAACAAAACUUUCAAAUGUAAAAAAGUUGGUGGGGCAGUGAGAAAUAACCCGCCAGAGAAACCUCGCCUGAACGUCAUUGCACCUGUCAGUGAUGAGCCCAAUGUCGGCAGCAAAGCAAAUUUAAAAGUUAAUUUAUUCAAUGAGGAAAAAACUGAUCAGGAUGAUGUUCAUAGUGGUGGUUUCAAAUUGAAUGUGGAAUCGCAAUUAAACGGCAGCAUUAAUAACGACGAUGUCAAAUGCACACUUGAAAGCCCAUCGAAGAACGUGUCGCCCACAAACAACAACCAAGGCAGCUCGCCACAUAUCAACAGCAGCAGCAACAACAACAAAACAUCACUGAACAACAAAAAUGCUCCAUUUAUUCUGUUCAAUAAUCUCUCUGCUGCACCACAGAAACAAAGCAUGGAAAACGAAGCAAAACGAUUAGAGGCCAUGAAAUCGUACAGACAGAUAAGACCCAAACCGACAACAGCUACUACACCAACCACACCACCGGCAGCCACAACUAUCAACAAACAGUUGAAUGAAAAUAGUGAAUUAGUGAAAGAAGAUAACGACAACAGCAAGAAUGGAGAGAAUUUGAAUGAUAAAAUCCCAGCAAAAAGAAAAAAGUUGGCAAUUGUUGAAAAUGAUUUGGCAAUAGCCCAGAUGUUGAGUAAUGAAGAUGAUUCAGACAGUGAAGGUGAUUUCGAAGACUGCGGUAGAAGCAUACAGAGAGCGAGGAAAGGUAGAAAAACUAUGUCUACAGACAAAUCUUAUAAAUGUAAAAAUUCUGUGUCACAAGGAUCGCUUCGUCACUACCCGAGAACGAGAUCCUCAACGAAAAUGAAUAAACAUUAA